AUGGCACUUUUGAACAUUGCCACCCUCGUGGCGGGACUAGCGGUUCUGUCGUCCGCCAAAGAGCUCGUUGUCGACAUGAAGCUCAAAGCGGACCUGUAUGACCCUGGUUUCGUCCAUGGACGAAUCAUGGCAACAAAACAUCAAGUGUGGGAGGAGAUGGCAGAGCAAGGUCUGUUCGAUUCGGCACAGUACAAAACAUUUGGCGACGAAACGGACUAUAUCCCUUGUGUGAAUGGCACGGUGGCGCUGAUACCUGACGACCCCGGCAACACCUUCCGAUGCCAGGAUCUCGACCUCUUCGACUUCAAACCACAUGCCGAACUAGGUAGCUUGUCUGGUAGGGGAGCAGGCUCUUGGGGGUGGACAAGCCCCGAAGGCCGCGAGUUCGUUGCCAUCGCUCAGGAAGAUGGCACCGCGUUUGCCGAGGUCAGCACCAAGGGAAAGCUGGUGUACCUUGGCCGUUUGCCUCAGUACGACAGAGCCCCGAUAUCCAUGUGGCGCGAAAUCAAGGGCUAUAAAAGCUACAUCCUCAUUGGAAGCGAGGCUGAGCGCCAUGGUAUCCAGAUCUUCGACCUAGGCAAACUUGUUGACGUCAACCCCUCGAGCCCCGUCGUUUUCAGCAAUGACCAAGAUCUCACGGGAUUCUGGAUCGAAGGUCUCCCCCUCGGCCGCUCUCACAACGUUGUCACCAACGAAGAGAUGAAUUACGGAGUGGCCACAGGCUUUCAACCCAGAGACGGACCCCUCGGCGCGGGUCUCGUGUUCUUCGAUUUGACCGACCCAUCGAAUCCCCAGACCUUGGGUGGCACCGGCGUCGAUGGCUAUGUCCACGAUGCCCAGUGUAUUGUAUACAGGGGCCCUGACGAAAAGUACGACGGGAGGGAUAUUUGCUAUGGGUACGAUGAAGACUCGUUGACAAUCUUCGAUGUCAGCGACAAGGAGAACAUCAAAGUCAUCUCCAACACGUCAUACGAAGGAUUUGUCUACACCCAUCAGGGCUGGGUGCUCGACCCCGAAUGGCAACAGUACUUGAUCACUGAUGACGAGUAUGACGAGUUCGACAAGUCAGGCCUCGCCGCCGAUGGCUAUCCUGUCUCAUACAUCUGGGAUAUCUCUUCUCUUGAGUCGCCUAAACAAACCGGGCAUUACAAAGGCCUGCGGAAGGGCAUCGACCACAACCAAUAUGUGAAGGAUGGGUUUGCUUACCAGAGCAAUUAUGGGUUGGGGCUGAGUGUUCUGGACUUGCACUCCGUGUCUUCGGACCCGACGGGGAAAGGCAUCAAAGAAGUCGCUUUCUUUGAUACCCACCCCGAGGAUGACCAUCUCCCUGGUGGUGGAAAUGUGACCUUUACUGGGUCAUGGAGCCAUUAUCCCUUCUUCCCCAGUGGGUUCAUUGUCAUCAACACGAUGGAUCGAGGUGCAUUUGUUGUGAAGCGUUCUGCGCGGGACUGA